CUCCAUCCUUAUGCUCCAUCAGCGUAUCAUAAGCCAACUUAGCUAACUUUGGGAUCACUUCCGUAUCUGUGUCGCAUUCAAACAGGAACCCGCAUCGAACUAGCAUCUCCUUCAGGUCCUGAUGACGUACAAGGCAGAGAAACAAGUAAGACAAGAUGGAUGGCUGGACGAAGGCAUGUGUUCUUUAUCUGAUGAGCAAUUUGGAAGCCAAGACAAAGGCAUACACAGACCCAGCACAGAGACACCUCUUCUUGAUGAAUAAUUGGAGGUACAUAGUAAGCAAGGUGAGGGAUUCAGAGGGUCUAGCCUCCCUUCUUGGGGCGGAGUGGAUCCGGAAUCAGGGGGCGAAGGUGAAGCAGAACCAGGCAUGGUAUCAGAGGAGCGCGUGGGAAAAGGUGGUAUCGACGUUGGUCUUGCAGGGGGCCACGGCUGACGCAUCGCUCGCUCCGAGAACGGUGGUGAGGGAGAAGAUGAGAAUCUUCAGUAAUUUGUUCGAUGAGAAUGUGAAGGAGCAGUCUUGGUGGAUCGUGCCGGAUGAGCAGUUGCAGAGGGAAAUGAGGAGCGGGGUGGCGGAGAUGGUGGUUCCUCCGUACCAAUUGAGCGGGAAAGGUGCCGUUGGUGAAGUAUAUUCCAGAGGAGCUUCGGGACCGUUUGGACGAGCUCUUUGCGGGUAGGCCUCCUGGCUGCUGAUCCCCCUUAGCUGUUCCCAUUGGAGAUGCUGAUUGUUCCUUUUUCCUUGUCUUUGUUCAUGUAAAUUAAAAUUCUGAGUUUAAUUUGGCACGGGAAGACGGUGUAAGCAAUGGUUCUAUAGUGAUUCUCAU